GCUGCUUCACAGCCUGGCGAUGCUGCGGCUGCCGACCAGCAGGCAGGAAGGGAUGCCCGCAGGAGCCGCGUUUUCUGCUGCCUCCUUUUUGCCGGCUGCACGCUUCCUCCGUCCGACCAGCGCUCUCAUCCCCCUGCUGCUCCAGCCCUGCGGCUCCUCACAACGCACCGCGGUUGCUUUUUUCCCUCCGUCUCUCUCAUCUCCCUGCCCUCCUUCUCUCUGUUUCCUCUUUCCUUUCCUCUCUCUUCCUCAUUGCCCUUCCAAACAGAUUUCACUCUUCUUCUGCAGCAGCCACAACCCACCUUUCCCUGCGAGGAGCAGAUCAGGCGGUGGCACCAGUGUCCAAGCAUCCUUUCUCCUCCUCGCUCCGUGAUUCUUCCUGGGACGUCCCCGAAUUUUGUUUUUGUUGCAGGGCCGUGGAUUGGUUGCUGAUGGAAAGCUCAAUAAACGCUCUUGUGCUGUUCCUCCGAGUCACUGCCUGCCUCCGUUGCCCUGCAGAGCCCAGGGAAGCACAGGCUGCCCUUCUGGGGCACUGUGCAGAGAGCCUGGCGUUCUUUUGGGGGACAGCGUGCCAGGGCACACAGCCGCGGCCCUUUGGGGACAUCCUGUGACACCCCAGGGUCGGCAGAGCGUGGGGCGCCUCAGGAGGCCCAGUGUGCAGGGAGCACCUCUCCACUUGUGCCACCACAGAGGGACCCCACAGGGCCACCACCCUCAUGGGCUCCUGUUGCCACAUCAGGAGGUGACAUCACAGCGUCCUGAGACCAGGGGGAAACUGAAAGCAGCUCGAAGCCACUCCCUGUUCCCCACUGCAGUCUCGCUGUCCCCAAGCUGCUCCUGAAUCAUGGCACCCAGGGCGCUGGCCCUCAUCCUGGGUUGGUGGCUGGCGGCAGCGAGCGGAGCACAGCAAUUGCCCCCACCCUCCCUGUCGCUGCACCCCAGCCACGGGGUGUCCCUGGGGGACGCUGUCACCCUCAGGUGCCACCUGCCCCGGCCGGCUGCACGAGUUGAGUUCUACAAGGAAGAAAGCUGGGGACUCGUAAAGCAGGAGGACGUGGACAUGGCACUGGAUGUGGCUGAGUUCACCUUGGAUGGUGUAAACAAGGAAGAUGCAGUGAAAUAUUGGUGCCAGUACCGGGUGUCGGAGCCACGUGGAACAUCGGAGCUGAGUGACCCCGUGGAGCUGGUGGUGACAGAUCGCACCUAUCCCCUGCCCAGCAUUUCCAUGAGCUCUGGGAGAAACGUGGGGACAGGGACCAACGUCACCAUCCAGUGCCAUAACAAGUACAAUGGGGUCACCUUCCUGCACAAGGACGGGCUCUCAGCCCCUAUCCAGCACCAGAAACCUGAUGGUGGGGGCACGGCCACCUUCACCCUCUUUGAGGUGACCCCAGCUGACUCGGGCACCUAUAGGUGCUCCUACCGCCCUGGGGGUUUGUACUUUCUUUCCUCACCCCUUGGUGAAAACGUGACGCUGGAGGUGACCCCCCUGACUGGAUCCCAAGGUGACAACGGGUGGCCCCACGGGACCCUGGUGGCCGCCGUGGCUGGGAGCUGCGCUGCUGCCUUUGCCUUCAUCCUGGUCCUUGUGGCCUCUUUUCUCCUCGCCGCCCGCAGACGACGGAUUCAAAGCCCUGGUGCCACCCCCAGAAGCUACGAGGCCGUGCAGUUCCAGGUGCCCCCUGCUGACAGCCAGGCUCUGACCUACGCCGAGCUGCAAGCUCUGACCCACAGCACCCCCCCACCCUGCUCUUUUACCACCCCUGAGCCCCCCACCAUCUACGCCGAGGUGGGCACCGGGGGACCCCGCUGACGCCCCCAUCUGUGGACACAAAGACGUGGAUGCUGCGUGCACACAUCACCUGUGAUUUGCACCCGUGUGCCUGCACACGUGAACACGUGGCUGUGGAUUAAACGUGUGUUGCACCAUCCCGUGUGCACCACAGGGAUGCGAACACACGCGUGGGACACGCUGGAUUCCAUGCCUCUGCGUGUGUCUGCGCCACGCCGUGCGUGUGCACCGACACGUUGCUGCUCACGUGUGUCCUUAGCGUGUGCUCCCUGUGUCUGCACUCCAUGUACGCCUUCACAGCACACGCGUGUCAUCAACGCAUGCCCUGGGUCUGCACCAUGGCUGUCCCCACGGCACACGUGUGUCCUUAGCGUGCGCUCCCCACACCUCCACCACCUGAACCAGCCCCCAUCCCACCACGGUUUUGGGGCAGGAUUUGUGGUGAGGAGGGAAAAUGCAUUUCGGGAAGAGGGCAAGAGGGGU